AUGCGUACAACCGUAGGCUUUUGGCUACCGGCUAGCCGAACGCUUAGACCUGUCUCCCGGCUGCACAGACGAGCUUUUUUACACACUGAUUACAGGCAUGUUGAGCUGGAGGUGGAUCCAACACUUCAGCAGAAUUGUGAUUGCGACAUAAGAGACCUGAACAGAUGUUUGAACAGUGAUAAAAAGCUAGAUUCAGCACUAGUGCUCCCGGCCAAGGUUCCAUUUUAUCAUCGGCAUGUGAUGCUCAUUUCUCCAGUGGAUCCCGCCGGACAGGAUCCGUCGUGGAAAUCAGGUUGGCAAAGCAAAUUGGAGCUUAACCCUAAAUGGCCAUAUUCGGCCAUUGGUGAACUAAAGUCCCACUUGAGAGACACACACAAAGGUGAUGGAAUUUUGAUAAACGCUAUUUCCGUGUCAAGAGGAGACCUCACUUCGCCCCAAGUGAGUACCCAAAAAGCAAGAUUCCUGACUCUUCCGGACAUGAAAGUCUACGAAAUUGAGGCUCACGAAUUGCAGGAGUUUGCAAACUUUCUUGGCGAGGGAAAAGUUCAGAAGAAUAAAAAAGUUUCUUUCUACAACUACCUGAAAGGAGCCGAUGCCGCAUCUAAGCUUCUGGACGCAAGAUCUGACCCGAAUGAGGGUCCACCCUUCAAAAUAUUCCAAGGUCAAGAUUACCAUCGAGACAUCACUUUGGUUUGCGGUCACAACGAGCGUGACGAAAGAUGUGGACUUAUUGCUCCGCAAAUAAUCGAGAAACUUGACGCUCAAGUGGAUUCCGACUUGGCUAUUAUUUCUCACAUCGGUGGCCACAAGUUUGCUGGCAAUAUCAUUUUUUACAACUUUCUGGGUCUUGACUCCAGCAAAGCGGCCAAGGUGGACGGACUUUGGUUCGGAAAAAUUCUUCCUUCGGCAGUACCUACGUUGUUAAGUCAUUUGAAAAAGAAGGAAAUCGUAACGCCAUGGUUUCGCGGCAGCUGUUCACUAUAA